GGGGGCGAUAAAUUCAAACUCACUGCUGGGCCUUUUGCAGAUGGCGAGUAUGGCGGCUUUACGUGCUGCUAAGCAAGCCAUGAGAAAAGAAAUAAAGAGACGCGUAGCAUCCCUGGACGAUCAUGAGAAACUGCGCCAGUCUAAGAUAAUCUCUCAAAAGCUUUUUAAACAUCCCAAGUAUGCAAGCUGUGAGCGCAUGGCAGUGUUCCUCAGCAUGGCCGACGAGGUCAGUACGGAGAUCAUCAUCAAGGAUAUGUUUGAGCAAGGUAAAACCUGCUUCAUCCCCAAGUACCGCAGCACAGAGAGUAACCACAUGGACAUGGUGCGUCUGAGCAGCCUCGAGGAGCUGCAGACUCUGCCUCUGACCUCCUGGAACAUCAGGCAGCCUGCUGACGAAGACCACACCAGGGAGGAGGCCCUGGCCACGGGAGGUCUGGACCUCGUCCUGAUGCCAGGGCUGGGCUUUGACAGGAGUGGGAACCGGCUGGGCCGAGGGAAGGGUUUCUACGACACGUACCUGGAUCGCUGCAUGAAACACCCCAAGGGAAAGCCCUAUACCAUCGCUCUGGCCUUCAGACAACAGCUGUGCCAGGAGAUCCCUGUGGAUCACAAUGACGUCCUCAUAGACGAGGUCCUGUACGAGGACCUGGAGUAGUGCACCUGUGGACCAGGCCCUGUGGGCGGAAGCUAGAAGUGGACCUGAGGGCGUUGGACUGCAUUCUGAACCACUUUUCUCCUUGUGCCUUUCAGUGGCUUAGAUUAAGCCUGAAUUGUUAAAAUGUUUUAACCUCGAUUUCAGUUCAAUUACAAUGUAAUGACA